UGGGACGGGAACACCAGAGCGAGCUGAGGAGGCGAGCUGCUCCGUGAGGGGUGCCACCUCUGGGACUGCAGGUGGGACUGAUUCGGGGCGGCCGCGGUGAGAGCGAAGGGGCGAGUGAGCCCCCGAGCUGGGUGAGCGCGGGUCACCAUGGACCGCCCGGAUGAGGGGCCUCCGGCCAAGACCCCGCGCCUGAGCAGCUCCGAGUCUCCAGAGCGCGACCCACCGCCGCCGCCGCCGCCCCCUCCUCCGCUCGUGCGACUGCCUCUGCCUCCGCUCCAGCAGCGUCCAUGGCUCCGUGAGGAAACCGAGGCGGCACAGGUGCUGGCUGACAUGAGGGGGGUGGGGCAGGGCCCUUCGCUGCCCCCGCCGCCGCCCUAUGUCAUUCUUGAGGAGGGAGGGCGGUCCGCGCCUAUUUCACCCUGGGUGCUGGGGGGACCUGACUGGGAGCCUGCAAUCGAGUCGGCGGGUACGGGGAGGGGGCCCCCUCCCAUGGGAAGCCUCGGAAACCCUGCCGCCCUCCCGAGGCCUCGGGCGGGCAGUGUGCAGAUUGACGUUCAUGUUGCGCUGAGCCCAGUAGCCUUGCAGGACGAGAAAGCCCUAGAAACCUGUAGCACAGGGGUGUGGGCGCUCCAAAGGUUGAUCGGUCCAAAGAGGAAGGAGGAGGCCGUCAUCAUAGUGGAGGAUGAGGAUGAGGAGUGAGAGUCCUGAGGAGGCGGGAGGCGGAGGAGGAGGAGGAGGAAGCAGAGGAAGAUGAAGAAAGCAAGCAAGGAGCGGACAUGGGGAUGGGCGACGAGGAUGGCGAGCAUCCUGCAGGCACUGGAGAGUAUUCAGAUGGACCUGGAGGCGGUGAACAUCAAGGCGGGCAAGGCCUUCCUCCGGCUCAAACGCAAGUUCAUCCAGAUGCGAAGACCCUUCCUGGAACGCAGAGACCUCAUCAUCCAGCAUAUUCCUGGCUUCUGGGUCAAAGCAUUCCUCAACCACCCCAGAAUUUCAGUUUUGAUCAACCAACGUGAUGAAGACAUUUUCCGUUACCUGACCAAUUUGCAGGUACAGGAUCUCAGACAUAUCUCCAUGGGCUACAAAAUGAAGCUGUACUUCCAGACAAACCCUUACUUCACAAACACGGUGAUUGUGAAGGAGUUCCAGCGGAGCCGCUCUGGACGGCUGGUGUGCCAUUCUACCCCGAUCCGCUGGCACCGGGGUCAGGAACCCCAGGCCCAGGGUCGUAGGAACCAGGAUGCCAGCCGCCACAGCUUCUUCAACUGGUUCUCGAGCCACAGCCUCCCAGAGGCCGACAGGAUCGCUGAGAUUAUCAAGAAUGACUUGUGGGUUAACCCUGUGCGCUACUACAUGAUGAAAGAAGGGGGCUACAGGACAAACAGAAAGAAGCAAGAACAGAAAGAAAGGAAAGCGAAGCGUAAUUGUGAGGUGGUGAUCAUGGAAGAUGGUCAUGACUUCUUCGCGGUUGAAAAUGUCUUCAGCGAGAUCUCAGACAUCGAUGAUUCCACUGACAACGAGACCAUUCAUGACAUCAAGACCUCCGACUUCAUGGAGACCACUGACUACUUCGAGAGCACCGACAACGAGAUAGCUGACGCCCAUGACAGUCUCUGUGACAGCGAGAGCCCAAUCCCUCCGGAGGCCAUCAAGCGCAUGAGCAGCGACAGCAGCGAGAGCACCGAUGACAGUCGGAGCGCCGAUGACAACAGUGACCACCCAGAAAACAAGAACACCGAUGACACCAAGAAUCUCAGCCAGGACUUUUAUGACAACCAGUACACUGCUGGUUACAGCAGCCUCAGAGGCAUGUACCCCAGCAGCCUUGGCCACAACAAAGAUAGCAGUGAGAGCGACAAUGAGGCCAGUGAUGAUGAAGAUAAUGAUGGCAAUGAAGGUGACAACGAAGGCAGCGAUGACGAUGGCAAUAACGGUGACAAUGAAGGCAGCGAUGAUGACGACAGAGACAUCGAGUACUACAGGAGGGCCAUUGAAGACUACGACAAGAAUCAGCAUAACAGCACCCACCAGGAAGACUAUGACGAUGAAGUAGAGAUCAUCUCUGAAGACUCAGUGGAGGAAGAGGAGGAAGAGGAGGAGGAGGAAGAGGAGGGCAAUGAGGAAGGUGAGCUAGAGCCUGUUUUGUCUUCCCUCCUUUCUUUUCACUCACAGGCAGACUACCCAGGGUAAGUACACGAGGACCCAGAUACAGCCUGCUCCGACA